AUCCUGAAGCUAAAAUUAGUAAUAUUUUGUUGGCACAGCAUAUCGGGUUUACAGGCUCUGACCCGCCUCUGCUGUGUCGCAGUCUGUUCAAUCACCUCCAGUGCCCUCCCCGUAACUAAAUCCAGGUCGAGGGCCAUCAAGACCAAAACAUGGCAGAAGAGGAAGCAGAUGCUUCUAGUGAUGACCUUGACUAUGUUUUUAACGACAAAGGUGAACUUCAAGUUUGUGAGACGCUUCACGGCCGUCGUCUACUGCAGGGGUUACGGAAGGUCAACAGCCAAGAAGCGGUCACGUUCUCAGAUCUACUGAAAAGCGUUGAGAAGAACCUCGUCACCCUGGUUAUAACAGAGGACGAGAAGGGAAACAAACUACAAUACCCCAAACUACAGUCUGACUUAGGACCGGCUAUAACCGCUUUGAACGAGUCCAGAACAACUCACACAUUUUGUGACGUCAUCUUGUGCGUCAGUGACACCAAGUUCCACUGCCAUCGGGCGGUCCUGGCCGCGUCUAGUCCUUUCUUCGUCACACUUCUGCUUGGAGAAUUCAGAGAAGGAAAAGACGAAAAGGUCCGGUUGAACGAUGUACAGUCGCACAUAGUCAGCGAUCUCUUAGACUACUUCUACACGGGGUCUCUGAACAUCAGGAACGGUAAUGUGGAGUCUCUGCUCCACGCAGCUUCGCUGUUUCAACUCAGCUCCGUCGUGACUGCCUGCUGCAGGUACCUCUCGCGCCAACUGGACUCAGACAACUGUUUCGGCAUUUUGUACCUCGCAGAGUUCUACUCCUGCAAAAGCCUGGUAGAAGAGGCCAGAGCGUUUGCUAUAGAUAACUUCCCAGACACCGUCAGAACGGGAGAGUUUGAGCUUCUCUCCUAUGACCAGGUCCUGUUCUUCCUCACCGACGAGAGAUGUCAGUGGUGUAAAGAGAGCGUCUAUGAAGCGGUCAUGAAAUGGACCAAGGCCGACACAACGCGGCUCGAGUUCUUACCGGCCUUGCUGAGAUGCGCUGACCUUCGUCUGAUGACUGAGGACUACUUCAAGUUCAACGUUAAGCACGAACCAUUGAUCAAGAACGACCCCGAAUGUUUAGACAUCAUCCAAGAAGUGGAAGAAGAUCUCUUCCAGCAGAGGACACAUCGCCUUCCUGCGGAGAUACUGGUACAGGUGGGCGGGAUCAGCGGCAGCGAGACGGCGGGACACAAGCCGGUCAAAGUCCCGUACAUGGACUGUCUGGGCCCGUGGAGAUGCUCCCAUGCUAUCUUGUCCGACCUUCCCUUCAGCCUGGUCUCCAAGAACUGCUAUCUGAACGUCCUGGCCAUGGAUGACGACAUCUACAUCCUCGCCUCGAUGGAGCGGUGCCAGGCUGAGGACCCGAGAGAGAUGCAGUUCUGGAGGUAUGUCUCUUCUGCUGACCUGUGGUUGCGCCUGCCCGAGCCCCUGACGUUUCACCAGGGCCAGUUCGGUUUUGUGGCGGCUCAGGGACGACUUUACGCCGUCGGGACCAACAUGGCUGCCGACAAAGCCGCGGAGUGCUACGAAUCCUUCUCACCACGGAGCAACCGGUGGAGAAAGAUAGCUCCAGUGCCGCACACCGUGGAAAAAACUGUCACGUCGUCAUUUAAAGAUAAAGUCGUGGUCAUGGGCUACUGGGAAGGCCGACACGAAAACUUUUAUGUCCAAACGUACGAUCCGAUGAAUGAUACCUGGGAGCAUUACGACGUUGAGUCGUACCAUUGCGGUAAACCGCAGUACCAGAGCGCUGUUCUUGGCUCCAAGAUAUACCUGAUGCCCAUGUUGGGGAGGCGUUUUUCCAUGUGCGCUUUUGACAUGGAAAGUAGGGAUUCCAGAAACUUCCCAUGCCUCAAC